ACACGUGACCUGCACGCAACACAAAAGGAGCAUUUGGGACCAAAAAAAAAAAAAAAAGUGCGGUACACUCGUAUGCCUAAAUAGCCACCACGAUAAUCAACAUGGUUGCCUUGUGACAAUGACAGAGCUGCCCCCCUGCUGCUUCCGCUUCACCUGCGGUCAUUGGAGUGCAAUGAGAAGCGGAAGUGUGUUGAAAUAAAGAAUUGAGUUUGAAACCUGUGCGGACACCUUUCGCCAUCGCUGGUGAGUCUUGAAGAAAGUUUUCUUUUUAUACUCGGCUCACCUGUGGUGUUGCUUUUCUUUGUCACAAACGGGGAUCAAUAACUGUUUUAAUGAAGCAGAAAAUGAGUACGUCGCGGACCCCGGUGAGUCGUUCAUCACUCUUAGCGGAUGAAAGGCGCGUCUGCUACGCCGACUGCAUCUUUAUGGAAUCUCCCGCUUUGGAAAAUGUGAUGAUUGAAAAUGCGAAGCACCGUACAGCAUAUCAUGUCUCAUUCUUAAAAGCCUCAGACUCAAUCCCCUGCAGUAAAGGAUUCCUCUUUAAAUAAUGCAUGAGUGAAGGAAGGGAAAUAGUCAUCGCAGAGAUUAAUGCAAAUGGAGUCGUUUCUUCCUGGAUUGAGAAAUCCUGAAAGCAUCCCUGAUGUCGUUUUUCAAUUCUGUGAGAACAUUUGUAUGAGUGACAAGGUUUUUUGACGCUAAAUUACACAUUCUAAAGGUAUGACUGACAAUCAUCACAAAAAGACAUUUUGGAAUUAUAAAUGGUAACAAUAUUAUUGCCCAUUAGUGCAUUGAGAAUUUUUUUUUUUUUUUCACAGAACACAGUCCAACGUAAAUGCUCGUGGGGCCACAAUUUUUCAUCAGUGCUUUUGAAGAACCAGAAAGGACUUACACUUCUUGACUGGUGACUACCAGGGAAAAAAAUGUUGUCCAAUCACAUUUAUUUUGAAAUUCCCCAAUCUAUGUGACGUCAUUGGACUACUGCAAGACAUUUUUGAAAUCCCACUACAUUUUUUAAACGGGCUCAAAUACACUUAAAACAACUCAAACAACACUUUCACGUGUUCAUAAGAGUCUUAUUAUUAAAAUGCCAACAGCAUUUCAAGACAAAAUGUGUUUGAUUAAAAAGUAUUGCUUUUCCUCUUCCCAUUGAGGGAAGCCAUUUUCUUACUUUUUCUAACCCCUACAAAUUUGGUAUCAUUGGAAAGCACUGAAUGUCCUAUUUAGAGUAGCAAAGGGAGUUAAUGCGAUUGGAGGCACUGGGUGGGAGAUAUUUAGGUUCAUAAAUGUCCUCGACAGAGGACAAAUUUGAACCACUGGUAGUAAAGAGGAUAUGUGCCCGUUUAAUGUAUUUCAUUUUCCACGAUCCAAACUCUAACAACGAAAUGAGUGUUCCCCGCACACUGGGCCACUUAGGACCGGGCAUCGGCAGCCCCCGCAAUUGAGGAAAAAAUAUGGAUAUUUAUUCUCCGAGGAUAUUUAAUUUUGAAAAAGGACCGGGUUUUCCGCAUGGCAUCUGUCAAUGAUGAACUCUUGACUCGUCUUUCAAGAUGGCAAUUAUGUCAGGUGCGUUUUGCAAACAUUCAACCGACAAGCUAGCAGAAUGAGUGAAAACGGACGUCUUUGGAACGUUUCCUUCCUACGGGGACAAGACUGGGACAGCAUAAGUCAGGAGAGCAACAUGCAACAAAAAGUGCGGUACACAUAUCGCAACAAGCCCGAUAUGCGGCGAUCGGCUCAUGAGUUCACGUUCGGGCGAGCAAGAGAAGAUAUUCGGCGCCGGUGUUUUCUGCAACAUGACGCAGCCUCUUGCUUUUCCUGGGUGGUUUCGGGCAGCGAGCCUGUGCUUAUGUUUGGCCCACGCCGUCACAUCUGCGGUCCUCACCAACGCCACACGACUGGAGUCCAUCCUAGACAAGUACAGCGACAAAGAUGGAGAGUGGUGGAAGGCCAGAACGAGAGGGAAGAGGGCCAUCAGCGAGGGGGACAUGCAUCUCAUCCUGGAUCUACACAACAAGUUGCGUGGUCAGGUCCACCCUCCGGCCUCCAACAUGGAGUACAUGGUGUGGGAUUACGAGUUAGAGAGAAGCGCCGAGCACUGGGCCCACACCUGCCGAUGGGAACAUGGACCAAGCUACAUGUUGACUCAAAUAGGCCAGAACCUUGGCGCGCACUGGGGCAGGGACCGCCCUCCCACUUACCACGUGCAGGCUUGGUAUGAUGAAGUGAGGUACUACAGCUACCCUUACUCUCAGGAGUGUAACCCACACUGCCCUUUUCGAUGUUCGGGACCCGUUUGCACUCACUACACUCAGUUGGUGUGGGCCACAAGCAAUCGCAUUGGCUGCGCCAUCAACGUGUGUUACAACAUGAACGUGUGGGGAAUGAUCUGGGCAAAAGCUGUCUAUCUGGUCUGCAACUACUCACCACCGGGGAACUGGUGGGGCCAUGCGCCUUACAAGUAUGGCGCUCCAUGCUCUGCUUGUCCUGCCAGCUAUGCUGGAGGAUGCCGGGACAAUCUGUGCUACAAAGACGGAGGUGUUGACAGGCGCCCCGCUCCAGAGACCGAGGAGACCAACUACAUUGAACCGGAGCCGGAUGCAGUGCGAGAGCUGGAGGCCCAACCCAGGGCCCGAGAUCCGGACCGCUCACCACCUUCUGAGGACAUGGAGAGAAAACAGGUCAUCAGCACCGAGCAGAUGUGCCAGCAGAUGGACUGCGACACCAAGCUGAGAGAUCGCUGCAAAGGAACGACAUGUAACAGAUAUGAGUGUCCACCCGGCUGCUUUGACGGACACGGAAAAGUAGUUGGGACGACGUCGUACGACAUGCAAUCCAGCGUGUGUGGAGCCGCCUUGCACGCCGGUGUUAUCGACAAUGAUGGAGGAUGGUUGGAUGUGACGAGACUGGGUCGAAAACAACAAUUCACCAAAUCGUACAAGAACGGCAUUCAGUCCAUUGGGAAGAAUAGAAGUGCAAAUUCCUUUAAAGUACAGUCUGUGCCUGUCAAGGCAGUAGCAUGUGACACCACCGUAGCGCUGUUCUGUCCCUUUAAGAAACCAGUGCGACACUGUCCAAGGUUGUAUUGUCCCAAGAAUUGCCUUGGCGGGAGUCAGGCCAGAGUGAUCGGAAGUAAAUAUUACGCUGACAAAUCAAGUAUCUGCCGAGCGGCCCUUCAUGCCGGAGUCAUCCAGAAUGAAGCCGGAGGUUACAUCGAUGUGAUGCCGGUGGACCGCAGGAGGCAGUACAGCGGCACUUCUCAAAACGGCAUCACCUCAGAAAGCUUACGUAACCCGACGGGAGGAAAAGCCUUCCGAGUGUUUGCUGUCAUUUGAAAUGGAAGCGUCGCAAACGGAUCCAAGGACAGAACUCUUCACUCACUCAAGAUAUCAAGCUUUCCUACGAAGGAACAAUCACUUUUCUCCGGCAUUGAUACGAACGGUGUCACAGGUCUCAACGCAACUAAAAUCACGUCAUUGAUAGCUUGGCCAAAGAGGUUGACGAAUGACCCCGCGAGUGCUCCAGUAAGGCGUUCUAUAAUACCGCCCGCAGUUCGGGAGCCUUGCUGUGUCCAUGCAUUGCUUCGCCACGCUGCCCACACAGUUCCUGAUAAUGGACUUUCAAUUCCAAAAGGCCACAAAACAAUUCUGCAGCCAUUUUAACUUGGGCGAAAAUCCAGCGCUUCAAAGACCCGCCGUGCCUAACUAUGAAGACGAGUUGUGAAUGAUUGAGCGUCUUCAUUUGUCGUGCUGCUUGAGCUACUGAGCUUUUUAAAUUCGGACUGUGCAGCUCAAGCAGUCAAGUUUGUCAAAUCCGCUUCUACUUGUGUGCCGUUCAAGUUAACCGAUAAAUAUACGGUCUGUCCACAAAGACUCUACAUUUCGCACAAUUUUUUUUAGGUCGUUUUCAUUCUAAUAAUCCGUCACACUCUACAUCAUCUCAUGAAAUCGCAGAAUGUUUUUGUGGAAACGCCGUCGAUAUAGACCGUCCCCGUGACCAAUGACUUAUUCUUGUUGUAGGCGGCGACAGACGGUAUUCAUUGGCAUCAUUUGCUUCACUUUACAAG